GAGCGAGCUGAAUCCUGGAACAGCGAUUGAAAAAAAAAAAAAAAAAAAAAAGAAGCUCCACCAGCGGACGGUUUCAAGUUCCCCCCUCUGCUGAAACCCUGCCUGAUUUGUGGGCAAUGUUGGGAUGUUAAAAAAAAAAGGAAAUCGGAGCAUAGAGAGAGGGAGGAGAGAGAGAGGGAGAGAGCGAGCGAGCGAGCGAGAGAGGGAGGGAGACAACACUAACUGGGUAGCUAUGGAGAUAGUAGCUUUUCCUGCUAGCUUUCUUUGACAGGUGCCGAGUGGGAUAAAAUAAAGUCGCCGAGAAGCCUCCACCAUGUACGGCAAGGGCAAAGGAGCCGUGGUCCCUUCCGACAGCCAAGCGAGAGAAAAGUUGGCGUUGUAUGUGUACGAGUAUCUGCUACACGUGGGAGCACAGAAGUCCGCACAGACCUUCUUGUCUGAGAUCCGAUGGGAGAAGAACAUCACGUUAGGGGAGCCACCUGGAUUUCUCCAUUCGUGGUGGUGCGUAUUCUGGGACUUGUACUGUGCAGCUCCAGACCGAAGGGAGACAUGCGAGCACUCCAGUGAGGCCAAGGCCUUCCAUGACUAUAGCGCAGCGGCAGCGCCCAGCCCGGUGAUGGGCAACAUGCCCCCCAACGAUGCCAUGCCGGGCGGUCCCAUGCCUCCAGGCUUCUUCCAGGGACCACCCGGCUCUCAGCAGUCCCCACACGCACAGCCCCCCCCACACAACCCAAGCAACCCCAUGAUGGGACCGCAUGGCCAGCCUUUCAUGUCACCACGGUACCCAGGUGGACCGCGCCCCGCUCUCCGAAUGCCAAAUCAGCCUCCAGGUGGAAUCCCUGGAUCUCAGCCUCUCCUGCCAAACAGUUUGGACCCGAUACGGCCACAAGGACAUCCAAACAUGGGCGGUCCAAUGAGAAUGAACCCUCCUCGAGGAAUGGCCAUGGGCCCACAGAAUUACGGGGGUAUGAGGCCUCCCCCCAACUCCAUGGGCGGCCCCAUGCCAGGGAUGAACAUGGGUCCAGGUGGAAGAGGGCCAUGGCCGGGUCCUAACGCUAACUCGAUAGCGUACUCCUCCUCAUCUCCAGGAAACUACGUGGGUCCACCAGGCAGCGGAGGUCCACCCGGAACUCCAAUUAUGCCCAGCCCAGACUCAACUAACUCCAGUGAAAACAUUUACACCAUGAUGAAUCCUAUUGGACCCGGAGGCAACAGACCCAAUUUCCCAAUGGGACCCGGGCCUGACGGGCCGAUGGGUGCUAUGGGAGCCAUGGAGCCGCACCACAUGAACGGAUCACUUGGGUCUGGAGACAUGGAUGGCUUGCCAAAGAGUUCUCCUAAUAACAUGGGGGGUAUGAGCAACCCGCCCGGAACGCCGCGAGACGACGGCGAAAUGGGCGGCAACUUCUUGAACCCAUUCCAAAGUGAAAGUCCCUCCGGAGCAGCCCUGGAGCACGCUAGGACUCUAAUCAAGACGGGCCCUCCGGGAGCGUGCAAGAUGGCCACCGGCCCGAGCAGGAAGCUGUCACAGAGCAACAGGAAGAGCCUCUUCUCGGACCCGGGCCCGAGCCUCCCCGGCUUCCUGUCCGCUUCUAGACGAUGAGGACACACUGGAGGGUCGAGGAAGGAGACUGAACGAGAACACAAUGUUGGCUCUCUUCUGGAAACUUCAUCAGAUUUGAGUUUUUUUUUUUCAAGUUUCGAAACGUGCUGUUGCGAACGGAUCGAACGGACGUGACCUCCCCCCGACCCUUGACAUUAUUCUCUGUUUGUGUACAUUUUCAACAGAGGUGUUGUGAUAAUCCGUGAAUUUUACGAUUUCUGUUCCCCCCUAUUUUAUGUAUGUGUUGUAUCAUUGCUGUUUUUAUUUUAAUAUUGUAUUAUUGUUAUUAAUUAUAUUGCUAUGGUAAUUUUUAAAGAUUAGGAUCAAAAUAUUAGUUUGUUUGUUUGUUUUUUUACUUUGAAGGCGAAUGAAAAACAUGUAUCUCCAAGUUAGUUUUUUUUCUUUGUAUUCCAAAGAUUUUGGGGGGGGAGAUAGGUGAUAAACAUUAAUACCCCCCAAAAAUAAGGAUAAAAAUACAAUUUAUAUUUUUUGCAUCAUG